GUUGUCCCGGAUGCAGCUGUCGCGCAGUUCCGGUUCGCUCUGUCACGACGGGGUCAGCGGCCGAGAGAUGGCCGAGCCUCCCCUCCAUAAGCCGACCGUGGAGAAUGUCGCUGUCGCCGCAGUGUGGUCAGUGUUUGCAGACUAUGGCUGGUUCAUCCUCUUCGGCCUCAUCGCAAUAUAUAUGCUGGUUCAAAAAGUCCCCAGAAAGUUCCGCGAACACCGCUCGGAUCCACCUGCUUUUGAAGCUGACGCUGUCGCUAGGCGAGAAGAAGCAAUGAUGGCAGCCCGUCAGAAGAUGCAGGAUGAAAUUGAUGCACAAGCGGCAAUUUUCCGGGAAAAACAGAGAGAGCGUGAAGAGGAGAAGAGGAGGCAAAAGAUAACCAAGUGGGAAAACAUGAAAGAAGGGAAAAGUUCUAAGAUGCCACUUGGACAGAACCCGGCAGAGGAACCGGAACCCGGACCCUCGACAUCAGCAGCUGCUCCCAAACCAAAAUCGGACAAAAAAUCUUUACGAAGUGGGGGUUACAACCCCCUCUCUGGAGAAGGUGGCGGGACCUGUGCGUGGCGACCGGGACGCCGAGGUCCUUCGUCAGGUGGAUGACGCUAACCUGGCUGGUGUUUGCCAUCGACACCGGCUGGCGUGAAAUGUGUACCCUUUCGAUUACUGCUGUCUGCAGGUUGCUCGGUGCAGGGAAUCUGGGAAGGAGGCCUGUCACAGCACAGUGGAGGCCUCAAAUCUGUAUGGAAGGAAAGAUUUUAAUGCCGCUGACCAUAACUCAAAGUGCAUGAAGGAAAUGGCUUGUUGUUAAUAAGAAGCAUUUCAGGAUUUUACUCUGAGGAAGUGCAGUAGCCGAAUGUCGAGCCAUCACAGUUAGCUUAGACACGUGUAAAAUGGCGCUCCCCAUGAAUGCCGCUUGUCAGGCACUCCAAAGACCUUCAGGGCCUUGCAUGGUUUCCUUAAAGUUUUCUGCUGGUGGGAAAAAAACCCUUUUAAAAUUAAUUUUCAUUUGAAUUUUUUUUAAUUGACUUGAGUGCUUCUAAAUUCAGUUUUCGGGACUUGAUUUUCAGACCCACAGACUCACAAGGGUCUGAAAUCUUCAGAAUCCCCAGAGGUUUGAAAUCCUCAAAAGGCUGCUAUGCCUGCCUGCAUUUGUGUACACAUAGCUCUGCCCGCACUCAUGCACUUUGAGGGUACAUUACAUGGUUCUUGGGUGCGGCUGUAAUGGGUGAAAGCAAGUUGUUGACUCCCUGUAGCGAGCACACAGAAUGACGUCGUCCUCACAAAUGGUCAGCAUGCCACGGGGGACCACUGAUGCCAAGUCAGCAGGGCGGAGGGGAGGGCAGUUCUUGCCACAUACUUUUUAUGUUAUCUGCUUUGUAAGAAAAACAACAACAUUAUAACAUUUGCAGUAUA